CCUCAAUUGUUUGGCGCCUUCCAAACUCUUUUCAAAAGCAUCCUUUCCCUCCAUUCUUAAUUGUCUCCCUUUCUUUUCUCUGUACAAUCUUCUCUCUUCCUCUUCGGCACAUCAGUUCUCUUGGACUGUAAUCGGCGAAAAUGGAGCAACAAAGAGUCCAGAAGAAUGUAAUGCGACAAGAAGAGCUGGAAGAUGUGCAGCAUGGCCCUUUCCCUGUUGAGCAGCUUCAGGCGUCCGGAAUUGCUGCCAUGGAUGUAAAGAAGCUUAAGGAUGCGGGUCUUUGCACGGUUGAAUCUGUUGCUUACUCUCCACGAAAAGAUCUUCUGCAAAUCAAAGGAAUUAGUGAAGCUAAAGUAGAUAAGCUCAUAGAAGCAGCUUCAAAACUGGUUCCUUUGGGUUUCACUAGUGCUAGCCAGCUUCAUGCCCAAAGGCUUGAGAUAAUCCAGAUAACAUCAGGAUCAAGAGAACUCGACAAAAUUUUGGAAGGGGGAAUUGAGACGGGAUCUAUUACUGAGAUAUAUGGUGAAUUUCGCUCUGGAAAAACUCAGUUGUGUCAUACACUCUGCGUUACUUGCCAACUUCCAUUGGAUCAAGGAGGAGGUGAAGGAAAGGCAAUGUACAUUGAUGCAGAGGGCACAUUCAGGCCGCAGAGGCUAUUGCAAAUAGCAGACAGGUUUGGACUUAAUGGUGCUGAUGUGUUGGAGAAUGUGGCAUAUGCUAGAGCCUAUAACACUGAUCAUCAGUCAAGGCUUUUGCUUGAGGCAGCUUCUAUGAUGGUCGAAACAAGGUUUGCCCUUAUGAUAGUAGACAGUGCCACUGCUCUCUAUAGAACAGAUUUCUCUGGAAGGGGAGAACUAUCAGCCCGGCAAAUGCAUCUAGCAAAGUUCCUCAGGAGUCUUCAAAAGUUAGCAGAUGAGUUUGGUGUAGCAGUUGUAAUAACGAAUCAAGUAGUUGCACAAGUGGAUGGCUCUGCCAUUUUUGCUGGACCUCAAAUCAAGCCCAUCGGUGGCAACAUUAUGGCUCAUGCUUCUACAACGAGGCUUGCUCUUCGAAAGGGAAGAGGAGAAGAGCGAAUCUGUAAAGUAAUAAGCUCUCCUUGUCUGGCAGAAGCAGAGGCUCGAUUCCAGAUAUCUGCCGAAGGUGUUAUUGAUGUCAAGGACUGAUUUUCAUCAAUCCUGUAAAGAUUUAACAAGGUGAUUUUGUUAGUGAAAUGAGUUUUCACCUGUAAUUGUCCUGACAGUUUAUUUUUUCAACAAUUAAGCAUGCUCAAAUUCCAAUC